UGCCACCAUGCAUGAUCGCGGAUCUGUUCAACGAUUUCCGAGACGGCUCCAAGCUGUUGGACCUGCUGGAGGUGAUGAGUGGUCAGCGCAUGAGUCGGGAGAGAGGCCGGGGAAUGUUUCAGCACAGGAGCAACAUCGAGAAGGCCCUUUUAUUUCUGAAGAUGAAAUCGAUCAAACUAGUCAACAUAAACAUUCCUGACAUCAUUGAUGGUAAACCGUCUAUUAUCCUGGGCCUCAUAUGGACGAUCAUUCUCCAGUAUCAUAUCGAGGAGUUGGCCAGCAGCCUCUCGUUCAAUUCCCGUCAGUCGUCCAUGGAGUCCCUGGUCAGUCUGGACUCGCGCUCCACGCUGUCGAGCCGCUCGGCCAGCAGCAGUCCGGUUCCUCUCAGAGGCUCGCCGCUGCACCGGCGCUUCAGGGUCUCUGCCAAGAAGGCCCUGCUGCUCUGGGUCCGGGAACAGUGCCACAAAGCUGGCUGUUCAAUAAAUGUGAAAGACUUCAAAGCCAGCUGGAGGAGUGGGGUGGUGUUCCUGGCGAUCCAGUAUGCUCUGCGGCCCGACCUGGUGGAUCUGUCCAAAGCCAGAACCAGGAGCAACAAGCAGAACCUGGAGGAGGCCUUCCGCAUCGCAGAGAAAGAGCUGAAGAUCCCCCGACUGCUGGACCCUGACGGUGGGUCAUUCAGCUCUACUGCACUCAGGGAACAUCAUGGGAACAUGUUAAGAUAUUAUAAGCACUAAAGUCUCUCGACUCCAUCAGACAAUUGUUCCUGUAUGGUCAUUGUACAAGACUUAUUUUUGUAGUACUAGAAGAGGAAUACUACUGCCAAUAAUGAUAGAUGACACAUUUUGGAUGUAGCCUAAUUGUUAUUUUGACACAAAUGGAAAUGGUUAUACAGUAACAAAAAUAAUUAUAAUUUGACAUACAAAAUAAAUCUUAUAUUUACCUGCUUACAUAACCUUA